UCCAUCUUGGGCUGGCUUCACAUCUGCAAACACUACCUACUACCACCUGGAAGUCAUGAAAAUCCUUUGCUUCCUCAUUGCCAUUCUCUUCUUCCUCCUCCAGGCUUCUCCAGCUUACAGCCAGGAAGCUGCUGACACUUUGGCAUGCCGGCAAAGCCAAGGCUAUUGCUCAUUUGCAUCAUGCUCUGCUCCUCUGGUUGGCAUUGGAACCUGCCUUGGUGGGAAGCUGAACUGCUGCAAGUGGGUACCCCACUCUUAAAAUGCCACCUCACUGAGCACACUGAGGAGACCUCUGGGCAGCUGAGACAUCGCCCACCUGUGACACCACUGCCAGCCUGGGAGGCCUUCCCACGAAGAUGAAAACCCUUAGGAGUACAGGAAGCUCUGGGAAGGAGUUCUUGUACCCCAAUAAAGAGAUUUGGAGCUUCAGUCCUAAUAAAAGCAAGUCACUGUGAAA